ACCGGUCGCGAAUCGAACGAUGUCGUCUUGAAAAAAAAAAAAACAAAAAUAUACUCUCGUGGUUCAUUUUUGACUACAAUAAUAAUAAUUAUUUUUGUUUUUAUUGUUAUUCUAUCCAUAUACGCGUUUCACACACGUAAUAGCCUUUGCUGUAAUAUAUACGAAUCACCAUACACGCGUAUUUUAGACGGGUCGCCGAAAUGGAGAGCAUUUACCCGCGACGGGUGCCCGUCAUGGGCAACCUGACGGGUAACGGAUGGACGGUGGCGAGCCAGGAGAGCGUGCUCUCUCUGAUCGUCGUACUCGGUAGCAGCGUGUCCUUGGUGGGACUCAUAUUCGCGUUCAUCACGUACAGUUUGUUUUCAGAUCUGAGAACAAUGUCCGGCACGGCAUUAAUGUACAUGCUAGCAAAUAUGUUCUUAACGCAGCUUUUUUAUGUAGUUGGUGUCGGAGGAGUUCAGGAAGAUAAUCUCUGUUUGUGCUUGGCGUUUGGAAUACACUACCUCCGUCUGGCCAUUAUCAGCUGGCUGUGUGUGAUGACGUACGAUAUGUUGAUAACGUUCCGCAACAAUGUGAAUCUCAACCCCCGACCGGAGCCGGUAAAUGUGCUAAUAUCAAGGUUUGUCAAAUAUAGCCUGUUCGCUUGGGGCGUACCCUCGUUGUCAGUGAUAUCAGCUAGUGUGAUGAGAGUGACUAUUAACCACCAGACUGUUGACAAUCUCAACCCAUACAACUGUUGGUUUUUCGAGAAGACCAUCUACAAUGUGACGUUCGCCAUGCCGGCGCUUUGCUGUUUCGCGGCCAUCGUCGACUCGCUGGUCCGGAGCUGGCUGACCGCCCGGGCCACGGUCGGUCUGCAGGUGGACAAAAAAACCCGGCUGAAGAUGCAUCGGAAGCGCACGUUGCAGCUGCACCUGUACGUCAAGAUCGCCACGCUACUAUUCGCAGUGAACGUGUUCGGGUACGUGGCCAGGAACGGGUCGCCGGCGUCCGACCCAGUGGCGUGGAUCGCGUACAACGUGGGCCACUCGCUGCAGGGCAUACUGGUUGCGUUGGCCGUCACGUGCAACUGUCAGGUUCUAAAGAUCUACACGCGGUCGUUCGCUCGGCGACGCCGUCGGCGGCCGCGCAACGGAAGCGCAACGGCGCUGUUCGACAAACGCGACAACGACAUCAGCGACACGACGUACCUGCAGAACCUCACGUGGGACCCCGUCCCUCUGCCCGUCUAGAAUGUCGAGGGGUGGAUAACGAUGCAGACGAAUACGUCAAGACUCAUCCGGCCACGGCCGCGUCCGUCCCCGCCGCCGAGGUCGUGCGUCACACGUUCCACCGACAGUCGGUGGGUGUGA